AUGUUAGAAGAGGAGCCAGGACUCUGCGCUGGAACUCUCUUUUACCUGGAGUAUAAACUGGCAAAGCUGUUGCUGUGUCCUCUGGAUGAGAAGUACCCAGGGAGUCGCUAUGCAAUUCGUGGGUUCAGUCGCCAGUCUGACAGCACUGCCAUCUCCAGCAUCCCCAGCCAUUCAUCAACAGAGCGGCAGCCCACUGGAGUCCCAAGCCACGUGCUGCUAAGACUUCCUAGCCAAACACGCAGUACUCCGGCCUGCCUAGGAAGGCUCAGAAGUGGCUGGACCAAUGCAGGUGAGCCAGUGGUAACUCCAAUUCAUCUAAGCAGAGCUGCUCUUGCCUCCUCGCCUGAUCAAGAAUUCACUGAACUUCACAUGGAUGGUUGUCGGAAGCCAUUUUCAGGUUCUGGGAAGGUUUUGCAGUUUGACUUGAAUGAGACAAGGAACUCCCAGGAAGGGGAAGGGGACACAUUUCUUUCGCCUUGCUUUGGAAGUGCCGCUCUGCAGCAGCUAAAAGAAGAGAUCCUAGGGACUAGGGCUGGCAUGGACAGCUUCAGGGAGUUCCUCCAUGGCACACUGGGAAUCCACCUCCUUGACUUCUGGAUUGACUGUGAGGAUAUUAUGGAGCACACCACGUGCCUGGAGAAGGCCAGAACUGCAUCCCAGGAGAUCCAGCUGUUCUUUUUCAGCGCUCUUCGGAGCAUUCAAGCCAAGUACAAGCUGAUGCUUCCUCCUGCCUGUCGGGUGAGUAAUGCUGCUUGGGGGGCAGGUGCCCCUGCGUUUUUCCAGGUCACAGCUUUAAGAGAACCUUUGCUCUCCCCGGGGAAACUGACAAAUCUGCCAACUGCGUAGCUCAGCUGCUAACCUGCAUGGGGGUGGAAGCCCAGGGACAAAUGUCUACCUCCUACCACCUCCUCUGUCAGGAAAAUUCUUUGUUUCCUGAAGCUGUAGCCUGAAUCUCAUGAUGGGUGGGGUGUGUGUGUUUUGUAUCAGAGCAAGCUUCUGUUGCCUCUUUCUAUCCUCUCUCUGUUGGCCUUUUUACCAUUGUUUCCAACUUUGCAUUGUGGGUGCUUCCAGACAUGGACUAUUUUUGCAGCAUUCAGUAAUGGCUGUUCUGCUUUAAAAAUAAAAGCUCAUUGCAGAUUGAUUCUGCAUCACCCCACUCUCUCCACACCUUCCCAUUGUGGGUGGACCUAUACCAAAACUGCAAUCACCAGCUCUUUGUGUCUCGUUCAAAUGACAGUCUUGUCCUUUUGUGUUAUUUGACAAAGACAUCUGAUUUGUUCCUCCUCCCUGGCUAUGAUAAUCUCUGCCCAUCACUUAAGCCUUUUUGGACCAUCUUAAGACAAGUCAGCAGAACAUGAGAGUUAUCAACAGUCUUUUGCAAAGUCUUAAAAAGGCAUCGCCUUAGAGCACCCACAUGGAUAGUUCUAUGUAUAGAACUCA